ACCGGUUUUGGUUGUCGCCCUCACUUGAUCUGUUGAAUAUAUUAUCGGGCGCUUCUACUUAUUUGGUUAUUGCAAGGGCGACCUGCUCCAGCCGGUGGGAUUGAGACGGGGAGGCUCCGACAUGGCCUCCGAAUUAACGGAGGAAGCUAUUGCGAACUUCGUGAGCUUCACCAGCUCAACCCGCGAACAGGCAAUAAGCUUUCUCAAGGCGAAUAACUUAAACUCGAACCAAGCCAUAAAUGCCUAUUUCGAAGACCCCACGGGCCCUCAGACGCAGAAUAUCGGAUACCAAAAUGAUUCUGCCGUUCCUGCGUUCCAGAUCGAACACGCCGACCCGGCCCCCGGUUCCUCGAUCACCGCGCCUUCACGCCCGCCAUCAGCCCUAAACUCGAGUGAACAGGCAUCUGGUUCUGAAUAUCAACAUAGCGCACCUGCACCAACACAGACUGCUAACGACGCCAACAAGGGCUUAUCCUUGGCCGAGCAAGAGGAGCGGGAACUGCAACAAGCUAUGGCCAUGUCUUUGAAUCAAAAUCUCGGGCAGCAAGAGACAGGUGUCACAACGAAUGAAGCGAAAUUUGGUCGAGCUACUCGUGACCACUAUGAUGAAGGCGCCUGGGCAAUGACGUUGUUCAAUUCUACCUCUCGUGAAAUCAUCAUAAGCCCCGAUCCAGCAGAGCGGAGGAGGAAUGACGGUGAACCGGCCUUCAUACGACCAUCCCAUGACAACAUGUACCUGGGUGGACUAUUGACAAUCCUUCAUUCAAUUCCUCUGGCGAGAGAAGCUCUUCUGCUCAGGAACCGACUUCUCACGGACUAUGGAAAAGAUCCACAGUGGUGGAACGGCCAGUCUAUUACACUUCCUAAGAUUGUCACUAUUGAUGACGCGCAGGACGGUGAUACUGAAUGGGAUGAUAUUAUAUACGAAGCCCAGCGUGUGGCAGCAUUUUUGGACACUACCGAUCGCGCCUUUGGAAGUGCUGAUGCAUUAGCCAACCUGAAAAGCAUGUCCAGUUACGACUCGGAGGGCAGCGCGGCUAGAUUUUUGGAAUCGUGGCAAGAAGCUGCAGUCCGGGCAGACCCAGACAAUCAAUUGGCGACCAUAUUCUCGUCAACUGCAUAUAAGCGACCUCUUUCGAUUUAUGACACACCAUUGGAUAAAGAGUUCUUCUUACUAGAUUCCUACGUGGAGCAAGAGCAUGGUCAGACUCUCUAUGAUGUUAUCGACCACACCAUGUGGUCCGACAGGCCGGGCGAAGAUCUUGACGACGUAUGGCUAGAACACGUCGCAGAGGUCUUCACAAUCAAGCUGGAAGGCUCUAAUAAACCCGUUGAUGUGAAGAUCCCUGCAGUUUUCUAUCCUGAUCGGUAUCUUGCGGCCAACCGAGAUCUCGCGCGGGAGUUCCGUGCGCAAAGGCUCCAGAUCUACGAAAAAAUCUUCAGACUAGAGGGCUUGAUGAAUCGCUUCUCAACAUCUAAGUCGGUCAUUCAUCAAGGACUGACCUCUAGAGAGACGCUGGAAAAAGCUGCUGCUGCGGUUUCCUCGACACUGCCCAAGAGCUUGUCAAAUGAAACGACUGCCUUUACUCCAGAGUCGGCGAAUGCAGAGGCACAGAGGGUGGCUGAUGAGCUGAAAGCGAUAUCUUGUAAAAUAGAAGCCAAGCUCAAAGAGCUGGAGACUAAGAAGCAGGAUGCUAUGGAAAGCCUCCGGAGCUAUUCUAAAAUCCUCACUGAAGCUUCUUCUUCGGGCGAAUUACCACAUCACAAGUACACACUGCGAGGCGUGUGUACUGAGCCACAUGUGACUUAUGUCCUAAAGCGCCGUGUGUCGGAAGGCUCCACGAAUGGAUGCGCUACCUCAGCCGAUGACGAGUAUCAAUGGUGGCGGAUCAGCUUUUCGACCGACGAUGCGAAGAAUCGCCAGGCUGGAACAAGCUCAGAAGGCGAUGCAGCUCUGCACAACUCCGACGUCAUUGGGUAUACCGCUCGCAAGGUCAGGGAAAUUGAGGUCCUUCGAGCGGCCCGCGAAGAAUCUAAGAAUGUCUUGCUUGUCUACGCCAAUAACAAUGCAAUGAACGUGCCGGAAGAGCCAGCUCCCAGUCAACUUCAGAAAUUUGUGCACUUGGACAAUCAAGCAUUUGAGGCCGAAUGUCAGGAAGCAGAUAGUACUAGGACCCAAUCUGGCCGCCAGAACCGUGCAUUGAGUGCUUCUGAACCGCUCAACCAACAGGAAGGUCGUACGACGCCAAAUGUGAACGUGUUUGACUACCAGGUCCCAUCAUUUGACGAGGGAGCGGGCCGGGGGCAGGAAAUGGAGGAAAGAGGCGGACGCCCUUUGCUCAGCCGAAGUAGCACAGCUGGACCUGUGCAACCUUCGCAGAAUGCCGACGCGAUGUGGGACCAAGUCGACGACAAGGCGACAUGACGCCCAGGGCUGAAGUCUUAAGUUGAC